AUGAAUUCGUUCAAGAAAAUCUUCCAAAAAUCCAACGAUGACCAAACGCCCUCGCUUAAGCACUCUAAGUCAAUGCCCUACCUCCUUUCCUCAGAGGGAGGGACGCGCGAGCCUCGUUCUUAUUUUCCCAAACCCGUGUACCGUGGCAAGACCCCCCUUCAAAAAUCUAACAUCGUGUACAUCGAGCAAGCUCCAGGGAUGCUCGAGAUCUAUCACGGCAAGCUGUCGCAAAACACCUGUUACCAUGGGCCGACUCGCACGACCUUUGACAAGCGCGAGGACUUGUUGGCCAAGUUUCCCCAUUCCCCUGAACCAGUUGAGGGGCUCCCUCGCAGCGGUUUCAGAGCGAUUUCUUUGAGCUCUCAGAGCACCAGGCCCCAAGUGCCUGUCCAUAAUUCGAGUACAAGUAGCCAGCAAGCUUACCCCUCCAUUCCUCGCAGAAAGCAGAGGCAUGAGGCCAUCAUUGACCAAGCUUCGGCAGAUGUACUGCAGAUCCCUGAUGACCAUAUUCGCAGUGGCAGACUAGCAGAACGUAUUCGCACCAAGUCGAGCACUACUCGCUCGUGCACCCCUGCACCCCCUGUUCCUACCACCCACUCUCCACGUCCAAAACUCUCGCGCUCUGCGCACAGCUCACGCGUAAACAUUCAUCGCGUUCCAUCCCAUGUUACCAUGCCAGUCCCUGCUGCACCAGACCACGGUCAUCCUCCCCGGCCUCACAGGGACUACCGUGAAUUUUUGGAAGAGCGCGAUCCGAACGUCAUCCGUAGAAUGAUCAAUCAAUACCCUAUAGCGCCUCUUUGCAGCGACCGUACCCCGGAGCACUUGCGCCCGAUUCGUUUUGACAUGGUCGAUCCGCGCUACUUCCGGAAGACAUUUAGGGAGUACGUAGAGAUGGCUGUUGCUCAAGGUCGUCCCCUCGAUGCACGCGUAGGUGGCGCUUACCGCCGCAUCAUUGACACGGUCGACUUGUUAGGUAUCGUUCUGGAGACUGGUAGUGGUCGGUCUCGGCAGGUUGUUCAUCGGUGA